GCCAACUCCGUCAGCUCGGAUGUAGAACGCCGAGCCCAACAUGAUGCGAGGCCUCUGCGUCGUUCUCGGAGGAUAUCAUCCCAUUGCGCUGAUACGAGCGCGCAAGAAGAGACAGUAUCGUAUCGUCGACCGAUGCUACCCAGCGCUGCCCAGCAGCUCACGCGAUCUGCGCCGGCUUCAAAGACCAAAGAUAAGGGGAAGAAAAAGGCGAAGAAUGAUGUGGUCGCAAGGAAGGUUCGGGAGUCGAGCAGGACGAGGCUCAACCUCUCGACUAAUACGGCCGAGCCCGACACGUCCGGAAAGGACCCCGCUGCAAUGGAUGACACGGGCCUGUUCACACCUCCUGGGUCCAACUCUUCGCAAGACACCUCCGCCAACUUGAUCGAUGAUGCCGACCGGGACGGUUCAAGCGGCCUCAUCAGCCCGCCGCCUGAAGAAACCCUGAGGCUGCAGGAACAGAGCGGGCGAGCUACUUCAAUUUACUCACCUGCCAAACCUUCCACGAAACGCAAACGACCCACUACCAUCACCACCAACCGAAUAACGACACCACAUGGCGAUCCAGCAUCCCCGCCACACUCAGGAACCGUCCUGCCCGCAGUAACACCCAAUCCGAAAGCCCGCAAGCAGCGCAUGCUCUCCCAUUCGCGCUCCCCCUCUACCGGACAUGAUCCUCAACCGUCGCCUACCGAAACCUCUUUCCGCCCUCGUGCAAGAUCGCAGACGCCCUCUCAUGGCCCGUUGAACCAGAGGUCGGGUCCCAACCACACACAAGACAAACCGAAUGCGGACUACGUACCCGCUUCACGUUCUGUCACUCCGUCCCAUCGACGAUCUGCCACCCCCGCGCACCAUCCUCCCAACCGCGUUGCGUAUGAGCCUCCGAGCCAGGUGUUUAGCAAUCCUGUCGAAAUCACGCUCGAUGCAGUUAGCCCUGCCCCUACGCGCCGCCGCAGCCGGAGUGCGUCACCGAGCAAGACCGGUCGAGCCAAGACCCCGGCAAAGGUCAAGGAAGAAGAAGAUCCAACGGGUCUCGCACAGCCUGUCCCACCAAGAAGCGCGGCACGGAGUGGGAGGCAGAAGAAGGAGCUUAGGCUUCAAAUCAAACACGAACCGCCUGAGAUCGACCUCUCUGCGCCGCUCCCGCCAGCCACCCCAACGGAAGACCCGUUACUUCUGCGAGGGCGCACCGAGGCAACUGCCAUUCCGAUCGUCGAUGACGAUGAGAUCGAGGUUCCCCAUCCUGCGAUACAGUCGCUUUCCCCGAAGCCCGAGAACAUCCCUCGGGUGGCUUCGCUUGAUAUGCACGAUGGUCGGAACGGUCGCGCAGGCAUAACUCACCAUAUGUCCGAGAACGUCCAACAAACCAUUCCUGGAGGUGGAGAUGGAGACUCGAUGAUGGUCGAUUCGUGGAGUUUCGACCAAGACAGGAGGGACUCGACGCAGGAUAGCUAUCGACCGCAGGAUGACGCCGAAAACCGUCACCCUUACGGCGAGGGCUUCGAUGUUGAACUUCCGGUCUCGAAUGGCGACGGCUGGUCCGAUUCCGAGCCCGAGCCCGACGAGCAGCCAUCACACGAGCCUCUCGCCGAAGCGUCCAACUUACCCGGACAUCGCGCACCGCCCCCGGAAGAUGCUUCGUCCUCGUUCGAGCAAGCAACUCUCGAAUCCCCCGCGCCUGUCAUGGAGUACGAAUACACGGGCCCGUUCACGGACCUUCUCGUGCCGUUGAAGCAUGAUCCGCCGACGGAGGAGGAGAGGAAGCGCAGCGAACGGUGGGGUCGGCCGGUGAGCCCUUUCCCGCUGACGCCCAGCGAAGAGGCGAGGAGCAGGAGACGGGACAGCUUGGGCCGUACGUCCGCUGAACGAGACGAGCCCGAGGGAGAAGCGCCGAAGCUAGCGUCGCCGAAGCCCGUUCGUCCGUUUACGCUCAUCCCUGGGCGGCAUCUUUCGCCGAGGAUCACCGCCGCUCCAAGCGUCCCCGUAUUCCGCACGGAGCGCCCUUCGACACCAUGGAGAGGCAGGGGCGGAUCAGCCGAACUCGGCCGAAAUACGCAUGAGGAUGCGGAUGACGAGCAGGGCGAUGGCACCGAUGAUCCAUUCAAGCAGAUGGGAACCGGGACGCCGGGGUAUAUACCCAAGAGUGCUCAGGAUCGGGACAAGAGCCGGGGAUCUUUGGUUUCCGUUCACAAUACUGAGGAGUCCAUGGGCGACGAUACCUCAGCAGGUAUACAGCCUUCGGACAUGCGCCAGGCGGUUGAGAGCGAUCACUCGGUAUCCAGGCAUGGUACAGAAGAGGAAGAGGAGCUCGUUGUUGACCUCGAGUUGUCAGUCGUGUUCGACGAUCAUGCAGAUGACGACAAUGAAGCAGAGGAGGACUCAUCGCAUGGUCCACUGACUGCUCCUUCCUUCUUUUCUACCCCUGCAAGAAGGACUGACGGUGAACAAGACCGCGGCCCUGUCGAUCCCCUGCAGGAUGGAGACGCGGAAGGAGGGGAGGAAAUGUCCGGGUCUGGCAUGGACGUGGAGAUGGAGGUGGACGAUGACGCUGAUAUGGAGCAAGUGGUCGACGAUGCAUCAGAUAGUGAAGACGAUGAGCCCAUAGUCGAACCGGAUGUUGUGCAGAUCACGAGCGAGGAUCCCAAGGCCGCUGCAAGAGCUGCCGCCAUCUUACGCAUGCACGAUUAUGACUGCCUGCCAAAGAUCAUGGUCAGGCCGCGUCGUCGGCACGCGACGGUCGAGGAGCUGCGGAAAUCUUCGCGUAGGAAGCUCCUUAGCGAUGGCGCGGUUUCGAAGUCAAAGAACCGCACACCUUUCCAAUCUCGAGCACGUUCCCCCCUCGUCCGUGGCGGGGUGAUUAACGGUCGCGUCGUGAUACCAGGCAGCCCUGCCAUGACCGUUCCAGAAUUCGUUCAGGAGGCAGAGGAGGAGCUGGAGUGUGGUAGUAUUCUGGGUGAGACUCCCAGCAAACGUCCACUCGGUUCGGCCGGCCUCUCAACGCCGAUGACAUGGGGGGACCGGUUAAGGGCCGCGAAAGCUCAGCAGGCCCGGACGCCUUCUCCAGCACGCUUUGGAGUUCCUGGUUCGCGAUUGCAGAGCCCCGCGGGGUCCGACGUACCGUGGAUGGUGAACAGGGAACCACGUGCCUGGAGCAAGGAUGAUUGGAAAAUGCUGGACGCUUGUUUUACCGAUGCUCGGUUAGAAGCCGGAGAAAGGGCUGGGUUGCCAGAAGGCGGUAUUGCGGAGGUGGACGACGUGGCGAUCGAAGAGGUAUUGGAAAUAUUUUACGAGGUGAUGGGCGGGAAGGAAGUCGUGAUGGGGCUAGGGCAUGAUUGGACCGAGGAUAAUCUUCGUGCGCGAGCGAAAGCAUUGCAGAAGAAACAGCGAUCCGGCAAUGUCGCGCCUCCUACGCCGUCCAUGCAUGCGCGUCGGUCGAUGUCACCUUGGUCUGGUGUGGAGGUGCCCGAAUAUACACCCAUCAAUCGUGGGCGCAUCGCUGAACCGACUGUCACGCCGUAUUCACGAUUUCCAGUCAAGAUCCCGGCACCAGCGUUCACCUUCACGAUACCGAAGUUGCCCCUUCCCCCGUCUCUAAUGGCCCCGAGGUAUUCACACCUGAUGGAGGAGGCGCAAGCCAUUGCCAAUGGCGGGCAACCCUCCUUUUCGGAUGCCGAUCAAUCAGGCGAGCCGGAUCCUGUGGAUGACAGCCAGACCACGGAAGAGCCUGACGCUAUGCACGUCGAUGCCUCCCCAUCAGAUGUCACCAAGGAGGAGCCUGAGGAAGUGAAUAUAGGCAAUGCUUCCCCGAGCAUAGGCACACGAGUCAAGGGGUUCCUCUUCUCUUACCUACCUGGGUCCGGCAAGGCCAAGUCAGAAACCAAAGCGUCGCAGUCUAGCAAAUCCGGUCUCCCGCUGCCUCCUGCAGAGAUGCUCGAGAAAGCACGCGGACCAAUAACCACACCCGCUCGCGAACCCAUGCCCAAGCCACCCCCUCCCAAGGACCUCGUCAAUCUCCACCACACGACACCCAAGCCUACAUUGAUCCCUCGCAUGGUCAACCGCCCACCGCGCAGACUGGUUGACCUCCGCCCUGUAUCUCCUUCCCCCGAAGCCGAGUCAAGACGUGAGGUGCCGAGGCCCAGAAGAAGUAGUGGCAGCAGCGUGAAAGACCUGGUGCAAACCUUCGAGCACUUGCAGAAGCUGGAACAGGAGAAGGCCGCCGCCGCUCUAGCCAUGGAGAACAGCCUGCGGAGAAGGCGAUCAACGCCGGACUUGAAACAGACAUCUGAACAGCCGCGAGAGCGACCUUCUUGGCGACCUUGAGACACCUCAUCUUCGGCGGAUGUCGUGUCGAUUAUGAUCUAGUUCCUGAUGCGUGGAAAUCCAUGUCUCCGUGAAUAUGUAUAUGUGUUUCAUCUCGGAUCUAUGUCUUUGUCCCUCGUUAAAUCAUGCUUU